GUGGUGCUGUCGCUGUGGAAAGAUGCGAUCAGCGAGGAGCGGAGGCUUUUCCUUAAUUGCUCAUUUCAGCAACGGAGGCUGAACGACCCGAAACCAAACCCUCCGUGGUCCCCUACGCUGUCUGGGCGUAGAAGCUCCGCGUGUCCGCCGCGGCGUCUCGCCGAGAAACACCCAUGUUGUAAGCAGACGACGCGCAGACUUUAACCCGGCGGUUUUUGGCUCUCGAGCUCCAGUAUGUCCAAGCGGCGCUUGUCGGAGAGGGGGGCUGGAGAGACCUCAGGCAGGGCCAGCAAGCUGCAAUGUCCUGGGAUAUCCGGCAAUAACGCCAAGCGGGCCGGGCCCUUCAUCCUCGGGCCUCGUCUGGGCAACUCACCCGUGCCCAGCAUAGUGCAAUGUCUGGCCAGAAAGGACGGCACCGACGACUUCUAUCAGCUCAAAAUUCUUACGCUGGAGGAGCGAGUGGACUCUGCAGGGGAGACUCAGGAGGAGAGGCAGGGGAAGAUGCUUCUGCACACGGAGUACUCCCUCCUCUCUCUGCUGCACAACCAGGACGGGGUGGUCCACCACCACGGCCUCUUUCAGGACCGCGCAUACGAGAUAGUGGAGGACAUGGAGGCCAACAAAGUGCGCAAGAUGAAGAAGCGGAUCUGUCUGGUGCUCGACUGCCUGUGUGCUCACGACUUCAGCGACAAGACGGCGGAUCUAAUAAACCUCCAGCAUUACGUCAUAAAGGAGAAAAGACUAAGCGAGCGCGAGGCCAUCAUCAUUUUCUACGAUGUGGUGCGUGUGGUGGAAGCCCUUCAUAAGAAGAACAUUGUGCACAGAGACCUCAAGCUGGGAAACAUGGUGCUGAACAAACGGACUCACCGAAUCACCAUCACCAACUUCUGCCUGGGGAAGCACCUGGUGAGCGAGGACGACCUGCUGAAGGACCAGAGAGGAAGUCCGGCCUACAUCAGCCCCGACGUGUUGAGUGGGCGGCCGUACCGCGGUAAACCCAGUGACAUGUGGGCUCUCGGCGUGGUCCUGUUCACAAUGCUGUACGGCCAGUUCCCCUUUUACGACAGCAUACCUCAAGAGCUCUUCCGCAAGAUCAAGGCGGCGGAGUACUCCAUCCCAGAGGACGGCCGCGUGUCGGAGAACACGGUGUGCCUGAUCCGGAAGCUGCUGGUGUUGGACCCUCAGCAGCGGCUUACUGCAGGAGAGGUGCUGGAGGCCCUCAGCGGCGUCAUCGCCUCGUGGCAGACGGUCUCGUCGUUGAGUGGCCCUCUGCAGGUGGUGCCGGAUAUCGACGAUCAGCUCAACCACGUAGAGCUUCUGCAAGAGGCCAAGGUGAUCGAAGAGUCUUCGCAGUACGAGUUUGAGAACUACAUGCGCCAGCAGCUGCUGCUGGCAGAAGAGAAGAACACUAUCCACGAGGCCAAGAGCUUUCUCACCAAGCGGCAGUUUGGCAGCAUCCCGCCCGUGAGGCGCCUGGGCCACGACGCACAGCCCGUCAGCCCGCUGGACGCCGCCAUCCUGGCACAACGGUUCCUCCGGAAGUAGUCCCCCCCCCCCCCACCGGCCGCGCCAGCCCUUCCAAAGGGAGUGCAGGAGACCUGCGAGGAGGGUGAGACCCCCACCCUCCCCCACCAGGACUGAGCCUGCAUACAGGACGGCCCGUCCUGAGCCAGGGAACAGACGGCCCCAUUCGUUAGUGGACUGGGCAGCGCAGGCGGGAAGGGGGGCGCCCACCGGGACAAACUGACGAUUUGAACCUUCACUCCUCCAGAGAAACGCGGAGUGUCCAGGAGGAAGACCUGAACCAAAGGUUCCCUUCCCUCAGGUCCCCCACAGUCAGACGUCACUGUGCAGCAACCUGACGGGGCAACGCGAGGCUCUGCCUGCAGCAGUUGAAGAGACGUUCAACCCCAUGUUCCUCCUCCAUACUGUAACACUUCCCCGUCAACUCUGGAUCCCCUGAGCAACUCAGGACCAUGUAGCAACCCCCCCCCCCACCACCCUUCCUAGUGGAUCCCCUGAUCGCAGAUGUCACUUCUCAAUACCUCCAUUUCACCCUCCCCCCCCCUCGUUCCUGCUCCUCUGUGUUGUUGUACUGAAAUGAUGGAGACUGUUCCCGUCUGCAACUCUGACUUCAAAUCAAUCUACCUCCGUCUCUCUCGUCUGUUGGUAAACCAUGCUCACUGUUCUGAGACAAGGGAUUGUAACGAUGGAGUCUUGAUGCCACCAGUGACACGAAGCAUUAAUGUUUUCUGUCCGAGUGAUCGUGCUUUGAAACUUUUUUUUUUUUUUUUUUUGUGGUUUCAGAAAAAUCCGAAUAAGCUUUUUAUCAUAUUCACCUUUAAUAAGUAGCAUUUCAUCCCUCCCUUUUUGGUUUGAAGAUAAUGAAUAGCAAAGAAUGUGUACCUGCAUCCUUUGGUGUCUGCAGAACGCGUUGUCUUCUGCUUUUGCUCCCUGUGCAAAUCUCUAAUUUGGCUCCUAGGCAGCUGGUGUGAGGUACCUGGAAGUCACAACACCUGAAUGGGGGAAACACUGUUGGAUCCUCCAUGCCGAGGUAACGAUGGUAACGCUUCCUCAUAGUGGAGAUCUGAGCGCUGUCCUGUUUCUCUCGCCAAACGUCAUGUCUUAAAGUACCUCUUAGCCAAGGAAACCCACGGCCUCGUUCACAAUCAAAUGGCUUCCAGGUAUUCCAACUUCCCCCGUUUCCCUUCGUCAAGAAGGACGAUGGGAUCCUUUUCUUCUCUCUUUCAGUAUGAAUGUGAGCUGUCAUUCUGUGCUUUUUGAGUCCGUGGAGCUGUUCACCUCCGACAGCCACAGACCCUUGAAGCCGACCUCCGAUCAUCGCGUUCAGUUCUCUGGCCACUGUGAAAACCAGAGCGCGCUCCGCCGAGACGGGACCUGACUGAAUGUUUUACCGAUUGCCACGAAUGCUCUCUCUUCGCAUUCUCAAGCCUUCUCUCCAGCUCAACCUGCACAUGCUUGUAUCCUCGCCCCGCGGAGCCGCUGGUUGAUGCUGUAAUAUUUCAUGGAGAAAUGAAAAGUCCAUAGCUUAA